GUGAAGUGACCAGAACGCAAGAGCAUAAGUUCAACAAAAUUUCUCAAAUUUGUAAACCUUUUAGAGCCCUAAUCUCAAAUUCACCACCGAUGGAUCCCUGACUCUCCAUAGAAAUCCAAUCUCAAGCUAAAACUCUAGUUUUGUCCUUCGCACAAGUCAAUGAUCUCUAACCAUUUUCAGACCUGAGCUAUUUUACAUCCCAGUGAUUCAAAGAUGGACAUCGAACAAAAGCAAGCAGAGCACAUCGAGUUCUUCGUCAAGCAAGCGUCGACCCAGAAGGGCGCGUCUCUCUUGAACGUCAUCGUUGAAGCCACUUCGCAUCCCCAUCUCUUCGCCUUUUCCGAGAUCCUAGCCGUUCCCAAUCUUCGUGAGCUUGAAGGAACUGAGAACUCUGUAUAUCUUGGUCUACUCGGUUUGUUUUCCCAUGGAACAUGGAAUGAUUACAAGAGUAAUGCUGGUCGCCUUCCGCGUUUGGUGCCUGACCAAAUUCUCAAGCUUAAGCAACUUACUGUGCUUACACUGGCUGAGACAAACAAGGUUUUGCCAUAUGAUGUACUGAUGCAGGAGCUGGAUGUUACAAAUGUACGUGAACUUGAAGAUUUUCUUAUCAAUGAGUGCAUGUAUGUGGGCAUAGUUAGAGGGAAGCUUGAUCAGUUGCGAAGAUGCCUGGAGGUUCAAUUUGCCGUGGGCAGGGAUUUGAGACCUGGACAACUAGGGAGCAUGAUACAAACAUUAUCCAAAUGGUUGAGUACAUCAGACAAUCUUCUUUUCUCAAUUCAAGAGAAGAUAAAAUGGGCAGAUACUAUGAGUGAGUUGGAUAAGAAACACAGAAAGGAAGUUGAAGAAAGGAUUGAAGAAGUAAAGAAGUCACUUUCCCUCAAGAAGUUACACACUGUAAGCAGGCCGACAUUGAGUUCCGAGGGCAUGAGGAGAUCUAUUCUGGACCUGAUGGAGUGAUGGACUAUGAGGAAGACCGAAGUCGACCCAAGAGGAGGCGGCAUCCGAUAGGUUGAAGAAGAGAUAAGCCAGCCGGUUUUGGCGACUGUCAGCCGUGUGAAAUUGAACUGCUCUUGUCAAGUUUUAGACUCAGAGAGAUUUGGCUGUUGUUAGUCUGUUUGGGAACCCUAAUUGUGAGUUGUUUUGAGUGAGUGGAGCAAAGAUGAGAUUGGAUUUGGUGGUGCGUGCGGGUGAGAAAACAAAACAAAGGAGCUAAUAUCAUUAUACAAAAGCAGUUUGUUUCAGUUUUUGUGCUUCUUCAUACUCAAUUGUGUUAGCAUGCAUGUAAAGUAGUCAAGUCUACUUCAGCUACAAUAGAUGAUACCAAUGCUUUCCAUUUACCAGAAAUAAGUGAAUAUUUCUAAUAAAUGGAGAUUGCGUUGUGUAUUUGUAAUGGAAUGUUUUUGUUGGAUGAAUUCUCAUUUCACCAACUAAAACAGCACUAAGGUAGCCACAAAAACCUUAAUGGGUACGACCUAACCAUUGUCAUGAUUUUGGACAUAUAUAUAUACCUUACCUGAAAUGAAAUGGAGUUUGUUUU